UCUUGAGCCUUGACAGCGAACAUAAAAAGGACAUGUACCGGGCCGUUUAUAACCACACAGCUACUUAGCUGGCUAAUUAGCUAGCUCAUAGCUCCUCGGACUUCAUUGUCCGCGGGAAUAACUGACGUCCGAUGCUUUUAUUUAUCGCAACCUGCAGUAUAUAUGUAGUGAAUUAGUCAUUUCAAUGGCGUUCAAUGGCCACCAACGCGACGAUGAAAGUAUCGACGAAGACGAAACGCCCACGAAGCAGCCGCGGUCCGACAAGGAGAUGCCCGGGUAUCUCAGAAACGAGCCCAACAAUGAGGCGGCCGCGCCCGCAGGAAGAGCCACAUCCGACCGGCGGACCUCCAACUCGACGGCGAGGCAUCGGAGCGACUCGGUGAAGAAAACAAGGCCGCCAUUUCCCUGGUUUGGGAUGGACAUUGGAGGCACCCUGGUGAAGCUGGUGUACUUCGAGCCCAAAGACAUCACAGCCGAGGAGGAGCAGGAAGAGGUGGAGAACCUGAAGAGCAUCCGCCGCUACCUGACCUCCAACACCGCCUAUGGUAAGACGGGCAUCAGGGACGUGCACCUGGAGCUGCAGGACCUGACGCUGUGCGGCAGGACGGGCAACCUGCACUUCAUCCGCUUCCCCACUCAUGACCUGCCGGCCUUCCUGCAGAUGGGCCGCAACAAGCACUUCUCCAGCCUCCACACCACCCUCUGCGCCACGGGAGGGGGGGCCUACAAGUUUGAGUCUGAUUUCCGCACGAUGGCCGACCUGCAGCUUCACAAGCUGGACGAGCUGGACUGUUUGAUUCGGGGGGUGCUGUACAUCGACUCGGUGGUGUCCCGCGGACCCUCAGAGUGCUACUACUUCGAAAACCCCACUGACCCCGAUCGCUGCAUCCAGAAGCCGUACACACUGGAGAACCCCUACCCUCUGCUGCUGGUCAACAUAGGGUCAGGGGUCAGCAUCCUGGCCGUCUACUCUGAGAACAACUACAAACGAGUUACAGGGACCAGCCUGGGUGGUGGGACCUUCCUGGGCCUGUGCUGCCUGCUGACCGGCUGCUCCACUUUCGAGGAAGCUCUAGAAAUGGCUUCUCAGGGGGAGAGCACACGAGUGGACAAGCUGGUCCGGGACAUCUACGGAGGAGACUAUGAGAGGUUUGGGCUGCCAGGCUGGGCGGUGGCCUCAAGUUUUGGCAACAUGAUGUCCAAAGAGAAGAGGGAGUCGGUGUCUAAAGAGGACCUGGCCAGAGCCACACUGGUCACCAUCACGAACAACAUCGGCUCCAUCACCAGGAUGUGUGCUCUCAACGAGAACAUAGAGCGAGUGGUGUUUGUGGGGAACUUCCUGAGAGUGAACACCCUCUCCAUGAAGCUGCUGGCCUACGCCAUGGACUACUGGUCUAAAGGACAGCUCAAAGCUCUCUUCCUACAGCAUGAGGGUUACUUCGGAGCGGUUGGCGCCCUGUUGGAGCUUCUGCAUCCGUCCUAAUGCAUCCAAACUACACCCAAAGAAGCACUUGUCAAUCUGCUGCAAAGACCAUUAGCACUUUAGACUGUCCUGAAGUAAUUCCACAGUGGGAUGUUAGCCACACCAGCAGGUCACUGGUAAAUUUUAUCUGUCAAACAUUUGGAGGUCUCAGAAAUCAUGCUGGUUUGUAAGAUGGUGAAAGUGGCUUCUAAAUGUUGACUCACAUCUCUUGUUGUGGUCGAUGGAUAGAAGUCUGUUUCCUGCUCGGACCAAAGCUGAACGCAGCAAAGUCACUGUCUGCAGAAACAAGACAGAUUUGGUCUGAAACAUCUCAAGGAAAUUCACCACAGUUGCCUGAAACACUCGGGUUAGAAAGCACUCGUCAUCGUUUAGUUUUGUGGACUGCAGGUACCCUCAGAGGGGUCAGGUCCUGGGCCAAACAUUUGUAAGUGUUUUCUAGGGUUUAUUUGACCCUGUAUAGGUACCAGGUGGAUGGUUUAACUGUAGUGAUUUUUUAAGAUAAACACAGGAAAGAUGUCCCCAGUAAAUCAUCACUCAUCUUUGUUUAUGUCCUGAAUAUGUUUUUAAUUUACUGUCUUGUCUGUAAAAGGUCAGAAAAUAACUAAAAAUGUCUGACUUAAGUUUCCGGAGCCAAAGAUGACUUCUUUAAAAUACUUGUUUCACCCAAGAACAAAACAAUUCUAAACCCAAAGAUAUAAAGUUUAUAAUCAUAUUAGACAAAUAAAUAUUUAUAUCUGAGAAGUUGGAUCAAGGAAACGAUAAAAGAAGGAAAGGUCAUGAGGUCAGUGACAGCGUUUCAGGAGCCAGACUGAGUUAAAGGGACGGCACAACUUUUGUUUUCCUGUUAUUGAUCUCCAAACAGAUCAUUUCUGCGUCCAGCUGCUGCGUCUCAGCCCCCGUUUCCUGUUAGCAGGUACACGUGUUUAGUUAUUAACAACUAACCAAACGUUAAACUUUUAAUGAUAUUUAAUAAUAUUCAGAUGUUAGAUAAUGUUUCCUAUUAUUGUCAGGAGGUGGCACUACUCGCCAAAUAAUUAUAAAUCUGGACCUUCGUCACUUAUCAGUAUUUGUGACUUUGUCAGUUAUCUAAGUUAGCAUUUGCGCGUUGUUUAGCUAACGUUAGCGAGCUGUAUCUCUGUUGAGUCGCGCCAUGUUGAUCUGGACCGUAAACGUCAGAAAGCAGUAUUUCAGUUUGUUAUUGUCAUUCUCUACGUACAGCAGCACACAGGGAACAAAAUGUUACUUUGGAAUCCAGGUGCAGUAAAAAUAUUUAGCAAACAAGACAUUCAACAUGGACAGGGUAACAUUAAAGUGUAAUAAAGUGCAUUGCGAAUACUCAUAAGAAUAAAAUAGGUGAGUGCAGAGGGAUAAAUAUUGCAUAGUUAUGUACUGAUAAAACAACAAGGUGACAGUUUGGAAAACCGUUCGUUGUCAUGACUUGUGUGUGCAGCAGCUAAUUAGUGUUAAGUGACUAACGUAAGUACGAGUACAAAUCACUGAGCAUUAUAGCACACAGACAAGUCCUAGUUUUGCGGAUAUUUACCAAACUAAUAGAUCGUAUCAUUGAGUCCAGAGCGAGUAACAAUCAGAGCCAGUAAGAACUGAUGUGGUCAUAAUCACAGUCUGGCCAGUGAUAACAGGUCGAACCUGCUCUGUUUGUUCAUGUAUCCUGAUGUAACGUCAGAUAUGUUUGACCCAACAGGGGCCUGAGACAGAGCCAUGAUCUGUUUGGAGACCCAUAACAAGGAAAACAAAGGCACACGUUUAGAUAAAAAACACAAAUCAACAUCAUGUAAUGUGAGUUGUUAAUCAGGUGAAAGGAUUUUUCAGGUAAAGCUGAAACAACAAACUAUUGGCAAUGUUCAACUUUAGCCCCUAGUUGGGCUUUUACAUUUACACCUAAAUGUUAUUAAAAAUAUACAUCAUACAACCAUCAUACACUAUAAACAUGGAAGGCACUAUACACCAGAACUUUGACACUAAUAACCCUCAGAAGUCAAAGAGCACAUUCAGCUCAGAGUGGCCACAGCUCUGGUUUGAUUUAAUCCAGCACUGACCUUUGUUGUGACGGAUUUUAAAUCUGAAGUCAGUUUGAUUUCAGUCAGUAACGUGUUCCAGAGUUGACAGCCCUUAAUGGAAAAAGCGAAUUGUCCAAAUUUAAAUUUACGAUAUGGUAUUUUACAGCUGCCAUUCACGCUGCUGCUCCUCUUUACUCCAUUACUGUAUUGUCUUUGAAUACAUCUGGAAGGAAGCUCUGGAGCUAAACUGAUGAUACAUUUGAAAACUAAUUUCAGGAAACAAAAGUUAAUGAAGCUGACAAGACGUCACUGCCAUCAUUUCCUUAUUUUGUAGUUUCCUCGGUGAGAACCAGGAAUUAUUUGACAUUUUCCUGUCUAUAUCGGACGAAUCCUUUCAACAGUACAAGUUGCUUUAAAUAACAACAUAUUGGAGUGUUCAGUCUUGUAAAUGUUCGAGAUGAUCUCUGAGAGUUGAGAUGAUUUAACUCUGAAAUAAAAGGUGCUCAGUAACAUGACUGUCGAGGAAGAUUAGGUCCGUCAUAGUUCACCCAUCCAUCUGGUACUCACAGUGAGCUUAAUCAACACAAUGAGAAUUAGUUACAUCCACUUUUAUAAGCGUUUCAGUGUUUAGCUUUUACUCUUCUAAUCAGACUUUUUAGCCAGGUUUCCUCACUGGAUGUUGACACCAUAAUGGAUUAAAAAUGCACCAGAGGUCACCACUUCAUCAAACGUAUUCUUUAAUGGAGACAUGAACUGUUAUUGCUAUAAACUUGCAUCAUUUAUAAACGUCUCCCAGCUGAGGUCUGAGUGUCUGUAGAGAUCACUUUAACUUUCCAGCAGUUCUGCUAUCAGGAAAUCUGAACAGUCAGUUUUGGCGUUAGUGAGACUGCACUGUAACGUAUGAGUGAUAACAUUAAGUCCCUCUCUGACCUGCCCUGCUGAAGUGCCCUUGAGCCACUGCAUCCCUCUGUUUGUCCAGUGAAAAGGUGUCGAUGAAUGUGAAAGUAGAGGUAAACACAGGGGCAUUAUCACAUCCCUGAAUCUUCCCCAGAUUCUAUAAGCAAAGUGAUUUUAAUGCAAAAACUUGAUGCAUUCCUCCAAUGGAGGUUCUAGGUCAUGUGACCCCUGACCACUUUUGUCUCGUUCAGUUUGUACUUUAAUGUUUGAGUGUAAUGCACGUCUUUGUUUUCCAGGAGACAUUUAACAGUCUCUGCUGUGUGUUAUCUGUUGUCUGUCCAUCUUUUCAUUCAUCCGUCCCAUUUCACUGUCUCAUGUUCAUUCAGUCAUCGGUCCGUCACGGAUCACAGGGACCACAAUCAGUCGUCACCAACCUGACGGAGAGGUUAGACUCCUGAAAUCAUUGGAGACUCAGUGGACACAGUUUUUCAGCCGUCAGUCAUAGAGAUAGUGAACCUGUAUAAUUCAGUGAGUUGAUAUUAAAUAAAGUGCCUGUCAUGUUUUUGUAGAGAAACAAACUGGUCUGUAACUCUGUAGGUUUCCUUCUGUGGUUUGAGUUUAACAAACAUAACAAAGAAAACUUUGUAUGUUUUUGUUACUGUCAUGAAACAUUUCUUAUUGUCACUAUGAAAUACAAACUUUUCAUAUC